AGAUAAACCGGAUUGUAUCGCUGCUGAAGCGGAAUACUUCCGGGUUGUUGCCCUUUCAGUCGUGUAGAAUGAAUCUCUUUCAAAAUAGCUGUUCAAGGACAUCAGCUGUGUUUUACAGAAUUCAAGGCUUGAUUAGAUGGAGUUGGAUCUCAUAUCCGUGCUGUGGUAUAUUAUUUUGAUUUACGUCAUCGUUCAGCUGGUGCGGUUCAUCAGGGCAGAUGCAGACCUCACAUUGCUUUGGGCAGAAUCGUUCGGGAGAAAACCCGCAGACCAGCUGUGUGGCAAAGUCGUGUGGAUUACUGGGGCGUCCAGCGGAAUAGGGGAGGAGCUGGCUUAUCAGCUGGCAAAAACCGGAGCUUCGCUCAUUCUGUCUGCAAGAAGAGAGAACGAGCUUCACAGGGUAAAGCAAAACUGCAUUGAGCAGAGCAGCUUACAAGAAAAGGAUAUUCUUGUUCUUCCGCUUGACUUGAACGCAAGAGGCUCCCAUGAAGCAAUAACAAAAACAGCCAUCGAGCACUUUGGCAAAAUUGAUAUCUUGUUGAAUAACGGCGGCCGUUCCCAGCGAUCCCUGUGCUUGGAAACUGGCCUCGAUGUUUACCAGGCUUUAAUGGAACUCAACUACCUGGGAACAGUCUCACUGGCAAAGUGUGUGCUGCCUCAUCUGGUGGAGAGGAAGAGAGGGCAGAUUGUGACCAUCAGCAGCGUGGCCGGGUUGGCUGGAGUCCCUCUUGCUUCGGGGUAUUCUGCUAGUAAACAUGCACUGCAGGGAUUUUUCAACUCUCUCAGGUCUGAGCUGGUGGAUUUUCCAGAAAUUACAAUCAGCAGUGUUUGUCCAGGUCCUGUCCAGUCACAGAUUACAAAACAUGCUUUCACAGGAGACUUGGGAAAGGCUGUGAAUUCAGACACAGAUCAGUCUCACAAGAUGUCUACGUCCCGCUGCGUCAGCCUCAUUCUGGUUGGGAUGGCUAACAAUGUGAAGGAGAUGUGGAUAUCGGAGCAACCUUUCCUGCUAUUCAACUACAUGUGGCAGUAUACACCUACUUGGGCCUGGUGGAUCACAGAUGUAUUAGGGCAAAGAAGAGUGAAAAACUUUAAAGCUGGAAUGGAUGCUGACUUCUCCUAUUUCACAAAGGCAAAGACUUCCUGAAGCUGAUUUUUCUCUUACGAAAUUCAGCACAAACUACACUGUUGUGCUUCGUGAUCAUGAAAAAUUUAAAUAAAGUGUUAAGUAACUUUCAAGGUUCUUUCCAUGUUCCUUUGGACAGACCAUUGUAUUAUUUAAUAGAAUGGGUAAUGCAGUGUUUCAGUUUUAAUGCAGUGGGCAUGUUGCUGCACCCCACCCCAAGAGCUUUCAGUUGAGUGCAGAGAUUACUAUGUAAGCAAUCAAAGUGCAACACAUAAUGUCGGUUGUAAUGCAACAUUAUUUAGUCUCUCAACCACUGUUGGGAGGUUCUUAUGGACAUUUUUACAUUUUUGAGUUAGCUAUUUAAUGGGCCUGUAAAAUUCCUCAGUGUCCACAGCUGGCCUUAUUGCUGAGGAUCAGUUAAGUUUAACUAAUUUGAGAUGCUGAAAUAAACAAAAUAAAAACGUCAUACUAAAGAAAGAAAUAAUGUCAAAGCAGUGUAACAUGGUGUAGUACUGAAUUGUUGUAUAAUACAGCCUGCACUUGGUUUAAGUUAAACCUAGAACAUCUAUAAACAGGAUGUUUUCCUUGCAGUGUUUUUAGGGAUAUCUAGUUUAAUUGUUUCAAGGGCAUAAGUUUCAGUUCACAAGUGGGACAGGGAGGGUUAUUCUUAAACAUGACACAUCCCCCACUGCAAUUAAUGUUUGUACACGGUUUUAAAACAGACCAUCCUUACACACUUUGUUAAUUCACCCAACUUGCUUAGCAAUUGAUACCAAUGGUAAAAGGAGGUAUAGAAAUACAUACCUAAGAGUCACACUAUAGUAAUACAUUAGUGAGCACAUUUUAAAGGAUGUCUGCACAUUUCACGAAGAACACAUUUACAAAAAAGCUAAAUAAAAUGACCAAAAAAAAAAGUUUUGUUAAAAGAAAAAGGGCUUUGCCUAAGGAAAUAACUAAAUCCUGUAAAUACAGCAAAACA